UUUCCUUUGAGUCUCUGCACCCAUCAUUAUAUUCGUCAUCAUCAUCUCCCUUUCCAAUACUUUUGUCACCAUGAAAGUGAGUGCCAAACCCCUCUGAACAUAUAUUAUAUCAUGUGACAGAUGAAUAUAGUAUAGCUACAUAAAUUUAACUAGAGAUCUAGAGAGAGACACAAGAAAAACAAAAACAAGUCACAUAUUUGCAUGAAUGUAUCAUAUCACUAGCAUUCAAUAUGGCAUUCCCACCACCUCAUAGUUUCAUGUUUAACCCUCAUGAAGAUCAUGAUCAACUCCCUUCAACUUCUCUCAACACCUUCCCUUCUUUUCCACCUCAACACUUUCAACAAGGUGCGCCUUUUUUGUUGAAGAAAUCAAUGUCAUUUUCGGGCAUUGAGAACAAGUGUCAUGAUCAUCAUGAAGUGCAUGGAGAUGAUGAGUUAUCUGAUGAUGGAUUCCAAAGUGGAGAGAAGAAGAAGAUCAGACUGAAUUUGGAUCAAGUGCAGGCCCUUGAGAAGAGCUUUGAAUUUGGGAACAAGCUUGAUCCAGAAAGAAAAGUGCAACUUGCUAAGGCUUUAGGGUUGCAGCCUAGACAAAUUGCUAUAUGGUUUCAGAAUAGAAGAGCAAGAUGCAAAACAAAGCAACUUGAGAAUGAAUAUGAAGUCCUCAAGAAGAAAUUUGAAGCUGUCAAGGAUGAAAAUGAUGCACUUAAAGUUCAUAAUCAGAAACUACAAGGAGAGUUAGAAGCAUUAAAAAGCAAGGAUUGGUGCGAAGGUGGAACAAAAUACCUAAUGAAAGAAACUGAGGGUUCUUGGAGCAAUGGAAGUGAUAAUAGCUUAAACAUUAAUUUAGAUCUCUCAAGAACACAAGCUUUGAACAGUUCUGUUUCUUCACAGAAUGGUAGAAACCUAAUUAGCCUUCUACCAACUUCAUUAAAUCCAAACAACAUACCCCAACUUCUUCAAUUCACAUCAAGACCAGAUAUUCAAGAUGAAAACUUCAGCAGCAUGUUUCACAACAUUGAUGAGCAUCAGAACCUCUGGCCUUGGGCAUAGAUGCAUCAUUUUCAUUGGCCUUAUUAUUAAUUUUGGAUAUCAUUGAUCAAAUGGUUCAAAAUUGCGAUUAGAGUUAUGCUGCAAACCUUAUUAUUGCGGAAAAAUACAGAAGAAUGUGACUAAUGUGGAGACAAUUGCAGUUACAAACUUACAAUGGCAUUAUAGAGACCUCUAAAAUAUUUAUAUAUUGAUCACAAUUAUAGUUGCAGAUAUUUGAAGUUAUGUUGUUUUUUUAAGGGUCAAAAUGAGAAGCAAGAAAAUUACGAAUAAUACAAUAAAACUUCA